UACCGAUGGCUGGACGGAUACAAACGGAGAUGGAAUUAUCAAGUUUGUUUUUGUUAAUCCGCGAACACCACCGAUUUUCUGGAAAUUGAUCAAUGCUAAAGCUGAAGUACAUUCCGCUGAGUACAUUGCGAGUACGAUUUGGACUAUAAUCUUGGAGUUUGAGGCAGAAGUCGGUAAGGGGAAAGUUACUGCUGUUGUAACAGACAAUGCAUCAAACACGAAGAAAGCUUGGAGACUAGUUCGAAAAAAUCGCGUUGGUAUGGUUUGCACCGGCUGCUCUGCACAUGGCAUGGAUCUGUUGGCGAAACAAGUUGAAGUUUUUCGAUGAUGUCCUAAACAAAAGUCUACGAUUCUGGC